CAGAAGAUAAAAUAUUUUCCAUUUAAAUUUUUUGAAAUUAAAAAUUUACGAACAGAACCAAUUAUCUGGAAUUCUGUUUACGUAUGUUACUAUAGAAACUUCUGUUAUCAAUAAGAGAAUUUUCAUUAUGGCAUCGUCGAGUUUCCAAAAAUCGCCCCGAUUGUCGCCGUAUGAUCUUUAUUUGAAGGAGAGAAUCGUUAGCGUCUUUAAAUUUUUCGAUAAAGAGAACAAUGACACUAUUAAUUCCGACGAUUUAGGGGCUUUCAUCCGUUGCUUGUAUCUCUGUCCCAUGGAAUCGGAAAUCGAUGACGUACUUAAAAUGGUAGAAAAUCCUGAAAAUCCAGGAACAAUACACAUGGAGAGAAUUAUGCCCGUUAUGCUAGACAUUAUGAAAACAGAAAAAUUCAAACCAGUUGAUGCCGAAUUAUUAAAGGAGGCAUUUGAAUAUUUGGAUAAAGAGAAAAAACAUUAUUUAACUGAAGAGGAGGCCAAACAGAUUUUUACCAAAUAUGGAGAACCAUUUACAAAAGAAGAAAUGGAUAAUAUGUUGGAUUUUGCUGUCAGCAGCAGAGACAAUCGAAUAUAUUAUCAAAAUUAUUUGUCUCAGUCAGUCAUUACAGAGGAAGAGUACUUAAAAGGGAAAAAAUCAAAUAAAGAGUAAAUCAUUCUGUAAAAACUAAUAUGGCAAACUUUUAAAAAAUAAAAUUACUGAAAUAA